UAACAAUCGUAAGGAAUAGCGACGAUUGCAAUUGAUAUAUUAUUUUCACCAAUGCAGGUACAAUUAAUAUCUGGAUCAGAAUACACAGUUCUAAAUCUGGAUCAAAAAAUUUACACGAGUCAAUAGGAAUUAUUGGACAGUACAAUAAAAAUUGAAACAAAACUCACAGGUGACGACCCCGGUAACAAUAUGGGACUGCAAUUUUUAUUUUACAGCCAAGGAAUAUGUUUUGUGCUGAUGGCCAUAUUCCACAGUGGAGGGUGCCAGGUGUGUAAUAGUACAAACCCAUGUAUGAAUUUCGGACAGUGUAUUCUGGGAAAUGAAACGGAUCCAACAACAGCGUACUGCCAUUGUCUGCCUGAUUAUACAGGGGGCACCUGUGAAAAUCAACUAAACAGUACGUGCCUUAGCAACCCAUGUCAGAACGAGGGUGUGUGUCUAGGAGACUACCAGUCAUACCAGUGUAUAUGUCAACCAGGAUACAAAGGCAUUAACUGUGGGACAGAACCAGAUGGCUGCUAUGGUGAUCCAUGUAUGAACGGAGGUAUUUGUAAUUCAACCGGAACGAACUUUACGUGCACGUGCCCGCCAGAAACUACAGGAAUAACUUGUGGACUAGCUUUAAACCAGUGUUCUGUGAAUUCCUGCAACAAUGGUACGUGUGUAGAUCACCACACCAACUUUUCUUGUAUCUGUCAUGCUGGCUACACUGGGAGACUUUGUGAUCAACAAAUUGCUUUCUGUGCUUCUGACCCAUGCAUUAACGGCGAAUGCACCGAGGGAGCAACAGGAUACGUUUGUACAUGUGAAGCUGAUUUCACUGGAAGAAACUGUGAAUCAGCCAUUAACAAAUGUCAGUUUAGUCCUUGCAAAAACGGGUUUUGUCUGGCUCACCAUACCAACUAUACAUGUGUUUGUUCUGACGGGUAUAGUGGGAAGAACUGCGAUGUCAUAAGCCCUUGCCUCUCCAACCCCUGUAUGAACGGUGGUAAUUGCACGAAUGUGACAACAACAUCCACCGACUAUACUUGUACGUGCAAUCCUGGUUUCACAGGCCGGAAUUGUGAGAUGGCUAAUAACCCUUGCAUAUCAUCACCGUGUGGUGAGUUUGGUUACUGUCUCGACUACCAAGAAACUUACAAAUGCGUCUGUAACGAUGGCUAUGACGGAGAUAACUGCGACAUUAUAGCUUCAUGUUUGUCCAAUCCAUGCAGAAACGGUGGUACGUGUCGCAAUACGUCAUCGGCCUUUAACUCGACGUACACGUGUGAAUGUCCAAAUGGAUACACUGGGGUUGAAUGCGAACUAGCAAUCAACAAGUGUUCCCAAGAAGCGUGUCAACAUGGGUACUGUGUCGACUCCCAGUUUGAUUACAAAUGUGUCUGUGAGCCAGGGUACAGCGGAAGAAAGUGUAACAUUUCUGAUCCGUGCAUGUCCAAUCCGUGUAGAAACAGUGGCACGUGUCGCAAUACGUCAUCGGCCUCUAGUUCAACGUAUACGUGUGAAUGCCCAAAUGGGUACAGUGGGGUUAAUUGCGAGCUAGUAACCAACAGAUGUGCAAAUGAAACAUGUCAGAAUGGUGCCUGUAUAGAUUACCAGUUCACAUUUGAAUGUUUAUGUGAUCCCGGCUAUAAUGGCACAUAUUGUGAAUUUGAGAUUGGCUAUUGCAACAUAAGCUCCCCUUGUAAAGAACAUGGCAGAUGUGAAAACAUGCCUGUUCUCAAUGACUAUAGAUGUCACUGCGAUAUAGGGUAUGUUGGAGAUAGAUGUGAAACAGAGGUUGACCCUUGUGAGUCUAAUCCUUGUAUGAACGACGCUGAAUGUCGGAAAGUGAACGAGUUGUACGAGUAUAGAUGCUACUGUAACCAUGGUUACAAGGGGAAGCAUUGCGAAACAGAUGAAUUUUUUAAUCAGUCAAUGUGGGGGAUCACCAUCACGGCGAUGGUUCUAGCAUUCAUACUGAUUGUUAUUGUUGUCGUGUUAUUUGUUGUACUAUGCAGAUGGAGAAAAAGUAGUCUCACUAAGAAACCAAGGUACCCGUACCAUAAACUGGGUCCAGUACCUAACGAUGCUCAAAGGAUUUCCCCGCCGCCGCAAUACACCUCUACACUUCCAAACCAGCCCAUGGGGCAAGAUAUGGGAGCGUACUCAAUUAGAGGUUCAGCUAAACCAACCAAUUAUGAAAUGGAAAGGUUCAAUAAUGAUUAUUGGGAGGAACGAACCAAUACAGGUGCUACACCCACAGGCCCUUCACCAAGCAGGUUGCUGUCUGAACUGAAAGAACGAAUAACUGAAUACGAAAAUGCACAUGGUGCACAAAAUAAUGGCUUUAUACAAAACGAGGUUGUUUAUCCUAGAGGUGACGGGAUCACAGUUUAUCAACCAGGACAACGAUUACCACGUAUCGGACACCAGAGUGACCGGGCGACAAUGCAGACGCCGUUUUGACAAACAAAUAUGGCUGCAAUGCCAAAGGAAUGAUGGCAGCAAGUUGCAAUAUGUUCGAGGCGACAAUCUAGGUUAUAUUUCCUAAAGUAGUGAGUGUAUAAAAAUAUAUACAGUGUACAUAGUACAUACAUACAUGAUGAGAUAAUGACAAUACUCCAAGACAGUCUGAAACUCUCCCGAUACAAAAAGAUCUUGUCCUGUUGGUUGCAGAAACUGAUGAUCUUGGAUAAGGACUACAUUACAAAAUGUAAACCACAGUUUUGUAUUAUAAUCUCAACAUAUGCACCACUGCGAUUUCAAACUGGAGCUUAUAUCAGAAACUUUAACCACAAUUUAGCUGUUGUGGUGACUUCCAUCAGCAUCCGGAUUCUUCAUUGCCAGUUUUUAUAUUUUGAUACUCGGUAUCUCGAAGUACACUCCUCUCUCCAUUUUCCUUGAAUAAGAAUACAACUAAAUGCUAGUUUCUUACUAUUACAGCAUGAUAUAUUUAUAUUGUUAAAUAGGAUCGUACAAUAUUUUAUUUUCAUCAUAUUUCAUCAUGUUUUCAUUUAAAGAUAUUAGGCUAUGCAUUAGG